AUAGAUAAAAGGAUGGCUUCAUUAAAUUUAAGACAAGGACAACAUUACUUAGAAUGUGAUAUUUGUAAAAGUCCUGUCGUCUUCACGUGCAAAAAAUGUGUCGUUAAAUUAUGCAGCGUAUGUGUAGGACCUCACAUGCUUAUCAAAUCCGAAAAUGGUCAUGAUGUUACAAAAUACAAUAAACAAAGCAAACUCGAAGGUGGAGAAUGCAAGAACCACCCCAAGCAACACUGUAGCGCCUUCUGCAAUAAUUGUGAUAUUCCUAUCUGUGUUUUAUGUGUAUUGAACAAGCACAAGACACAUGAUAUUAUCGAAUUAUCCGAGAAAGUCGACAAAUUAUCCGAUUUCAUCACGAAAGAAAAUAAGCGACUACAGUCGGUGCAAUCAGAAUUGGAAAGAAUAUUGGAACAUAUAGGUAAAAGAUCGGCAGCACUUCGACGUGUUUACAAACAGAAAAAAGAUAAGGUUUCAUCACAUGCCAAAAACUGGCAUAAGGAGAUUGAUAAAGCAGAAAAGGCAUUGCAGAAGGACCUUGAUGAAUUGCAAGAAAAGCAUGCAAGUGUAUUACUGAAGCAGAAAAAAGAAUUUGAAGAAAUACUAAAGAAAUUGAAAAAUCUUAAACAAUCAGUCGUUAGCUUAGUAAAGUCCAAAGAUGUCUCUGGUUUAAUGGAACUUAAGCUUGAUAUUGAGAAUCAACAGCUGCCCAGCUUUAUAGAAGAAACACGGCCGGCAUUCUUCCAGCCUUGCAAGUUUAAUGAAAGUUAUACAACAUCGUACUUCGGUUACAUAGAGACACUAGAAUCGUGCAAACUGACAAUUGACGAUCUAACACAACAAGAUCAAAUCUCUUCACCACUACAAGCUCUAGAUAUACCUACAGUUCUGUCUAUCUUUGAUACAGCGUUCCCUGCCAACAAAGAAAACAACAACAGGCUGUAUGACAUAGUUCCCCUUGGUCAUGACAGAGUUUGGGCAGGAGGAAACAGUAAUGAGCUCAAUCUUUUUGAUCUCAAGGGCAGUCUCCACGACACUGUCACUAUCACGUGUUUCGGUAUGUACCUAACCCUUCAUGGUGGACACGUGGUGUACUCUGAUACAAAUGAUAAAACCGUAAAGAAGAUUAUAGACGGUAAGGCGAAUACGUUAUUCUGUACCGGGGAGUGGGAACCUUACGGUGUCACCUGUACCGCGGCACAGGAUUUCCUGGUCUGUCUCCGGACGACAGAUCAAGCAGAGUCUAAGGUCGUUAGGUACAGAAGUUCCGGUGACGUGCUGCAGGAAAUCCAGUACGACUCCCAGUACCAGCCCCUGUUUAAGUAUACUGUUUACGUGGUGGAGAAUGGUAACAGCGACAUUUGUGUAGCUGACUACGAUAAAAAAGCCGUCACAGUCGUUGACAAGUUUGGAAUAUUCAGGUUCUCCUAUAUAGGGAACAAAACAUACAAGGAAAACUUCAUACCUACCUCCCUAACUACAGACAGCUUGCAUCACAUCAUCAUCACUGACUAUUUUAACGACAAAAUUCACAUGCUGGACAGGGAUGGUCGAUUCCUGAGGUAUAUUAUUCCUUAUCAGGGAAUACGGGAUCCGCGCGCCGUGUGUGUCGUAAGGGAGGGGGAGUUGAUAGUGGGGGAAAGCAUAACAGGAAUUAUCGAGAGAAUAAAGUACUUACAAUAA